AUGGGACUUUUAUCAAAGGUAAAACAGCAACAGGCACUGGCAACAGCGCAAGGUACAUCCACCGAUCCUGCUUCAACUGGACCACUCUCCCAUCAAAUACAAGAAUCAGUCAACAUUACCUACAUUCGUGAGAAACUCUACUCCAUUGUUACAGACAACAAACUCCAAGCAUGGUACAAUCCAGACCGACUCACAACUCUCAUUGAUCAUCUUACAACUCUCAACUAUGCAUACCUUCGUCAAGAAUGGAAAGUCUAUGGUGACCUUGUCUAUGAUUUGGUUUCAUUGGCCCUAUACGACAUUGUCUUUUUUAUUGACGACUCUGGAUCCAUGGCAUUUGAGGAAGACGGAGAACGUAUUCAAGAUUUGAAACUCAUUCUAGCAAAAAUAGCCAACGUUGCAGGAUUGUUGGAUACCGAUGGUAUCCAAGUGCGUUUUAUGAACAACUCGACUGAGAUUCAUGGUGUGACGACUCAAAGUCAGGUUGAAGACUUGAUUGGCAAAAUAAGAUUUUCUGGCAUGACACCAUUGGGAAGUCAGUUCAAAGCAAAGGUUGUUGAUCCGAUCGUGCUGGGUCCUGCUGUUAAUGGGACUCUUACCAAACCAAUUCUUGCUAUUAUUGUAACUGACGGAGAGCCAACUCGAGAGCCGAUCGAUACACUUCAGGAUGUGAUACUGGAUGCCACUCAGAUAUUGGCUGGCACCGGCUGUGGUGUAGGUGCAUUGGCCAUACAAGUAGGUCAGGUCGGAACAGAUCUAAAAGCCCAGCAGUUUUUGGCAAGAUUGGACAAUGAUCCAGCAGUUGGAAAAAUGAUUGAUUGCACAUCCAACUAUGAGAUGGAGUCGGAGGAGAUGAUGAAAAAAGGUGGCGAGUUGAGUCCAGAGAUGUGGCUAUUGAAGCUGUGUGUUGGUGCUAUUGAUUCUACUUAUGACGGGAUGGAUUAG